AUGUAGUGCAUUUGCUGGUAGAAAGCAUUUCACAUCAGUAGUGAGGUGUACGAUUAAGCAGCACGCAAAUCAAUAGGAUCAACAUGUCUACACAAAACUGUUAUUUUAAUGUGUGUUCCUCCAUUAAUCGUCACUCUCAAGAACAUCAGUAAUACAGAGCCUGGUACAGAAGUCAGGGAGAGUGUCACUAUUGAUUUGCACAACUACUCACCUUUUGACAACUGAUUCAGACAGGUGUUUUGAAUAGGAAAAGAACUCGGGUAUAUUCCUACUCUGACAACCCAAAUUCUUCAGUUAUAUGAUGUUUCAUUAGUAUGCAAAUCCCUCGUUUUCCAGUCAAUCUCAUUUUACUAGGAUUCAUCUCCAUUGCUUUUGAGUCAAUUUCAGUUUGUUAGAUAUGGGUCAAUCUUAUUGACUCAUAGUUCAUGAGAAAUAGUUUUAGAAGAAUUCAUCUAAUCCAUUUCUCCUGAGUGUGAUUAACUCUUUAGUCUUCAUAUAACUCAAAGAUUCUCUAGGGUUUUUAAAUAAUAAAUCUAUAUUUAGUUCGUAUAUAAUGGUGUGUGGGUAACAUAGAGUUGUGGGUUUGUGUCUUGAAAGAGAAGAUUCAGCAUGAAUAGCAGAGUGCAGACAAAUAUGUCUGAAGCAUCAUACUGGCCCAAAGCUUACAUCAAUGUCAUGUUGUUGCUGAGUUUAUCACUUAUUGUCUUAGUUGAAGCAGAGCAGUCUCCAGUGGAAACACUGAUGACUUUCAAGGAAGGCCUUAGGGAUAGCAAUGGCAUUCUGUAUGACUGGCAAAGUUCUAAGCCUCCAUGUAAUUGGACUGGCAUAAUAUGUGAUUCCUUGACCAAUUCAGCUAUCAGAGGCAUUGAUUUGAGUUACAAGGGACUCUCUGGUGUCUUGUCUCCUGUAAUCUGCCAACUUCCAAAUCUUGCAACUAUAGAGGUUGCAGGCAACAGAUUUGGGGGGCCAUUUCCAGCAUGGCUGUCUAACUGUACAAAAUUGGUCAAGUUGGACUUGAGCUUCAAUGGUUUUUUGGGUCCUCUGCCUGAAGCUAUUUCAGAUUUUGGCAGUUUAACCCAUUUGGACAUUUCAACAAAUGGAAUUUCAGGAUCCUUUCCGGAGAGUAUUGGAAGACUUCCUAAGCUUCAGUACCUCAAUGUCUCGAAUUGCCAGUUUAGUGGUCCAAUUCCAUCCUUACUUGCUAAUCUUUCUGACUUGACAACCCUGUUUCUUUCAUGGAAUUUCUUCAGUUCUCCCUAUCUGCCCCCAAGCUUGGCUAACUUGACUAGAUUGCAAGUGUUUAGCUGUGCAAGAUGCUCUUUAUAUGGACCCAUCCCAACUUGGCUUGAAAAUUUGAGAGAGUUGAAAUACCUAGAACUGUCAUAUAACAAUUUCUCUGGCAGUAUUCCAAAGGAGCUAAUGCACCUUCCCAAAUUAGAAAUGUUGGAGUUGUAUAUCAAUCAGUUGAGUGGGAAUAUCCCUGCUGAAAUUGGGAACCUCAGUUCUCUGACUGAUCUUGAUUUGGAUAGUAACUAUCUCACAGGCCCAAUUCCAGAAGAGAUCACAUUGUUGAAAAAUUUGGGUCUCCUACAUCUCUGGAACAAUAGCUUGACAGGUACCAUUCCACCAGGCCUUGCUGAGCUUGAUCAUUUAUAUGAUAUUUCUCUUUUCAAGAAUCAGUUGACUGGCAACUUAAGUUGGCACCUAGGUAGCAAAAGUAAGCUUCAUAUUUUUGAUGUCUCAAGUAAUCAGUUGAGUGGUUUGGUGCCUCCAUAUCUCUGCAGUGGUGGGGUAAUGCUAAAAAUAAUAUUGUUCAACAAUAACUUCCAAGGAAACUUCCCAGAGGAGUAUUAUUCUUGCACAACCCUCAAAAGGAUCAGAGUUCAAAAUAACCAUUUGUCUGGUACUGUCCCAAAAGGCUUAUGGGGACUUCCCAAUUUGACCAUCCUGGAUAUUUCAAAUAAUUUUUUCUAUGGUUCAGUGCAUCCUAAUAUUGGAAGAGCUAUUAAGCUUCAGAAUCUUAUAGUUUCCCAUAAUCAGUUAAGUGGGCCUCUGCCUAAGGAAAUAGGAAAACUUCAACUUCUGGAGAACUUUUUAGCUUCAGGGAAUAGCAUAAGUGGAUGGAUUCCUUCAGAAAUCGGAUCCUGCUCAAACUUGAGACAUGUGUAUUUAGAUGCAAACAAGAUAGUAGGAGAGAUCCCUACUUCACUUGGUUUUCUAGCGUACCUGACAGAAUUGAAUUUGGCUGGUAAUCAACUUACAGGAAAUAUCCCAGAUACAUUUGGGAGGCUUCGCCAACUUGCCAGUCUUAACCUUUCUCAUAAUUUGUUGAAAGGGAGGAUUCCAUCAAGCUUCUCUACUUUGGAUCUUCUUUCUUUCAUGCUCUUUGAUCUCUCUUUCAAUGAUCUAUCUGGCCCUGUUCCUUUUCCUCUAAAUGGUGCUGUUUCUGUAAAAAGUUUUAGGGCCAAUCCUAGGCUUUGUAUUCCUGGACAGCCAAUGUCAAAACAAUGUUCAAAGACAGAAAGCAGUCUCAGAGAUCUUCUAUGGAUUCUUUCUCUGGUUUUGGCUGUAUGUCUGGUCAUAGUUUCAAUUGUUUCCAUCAUCAUCAGGAAGAUGAUGCAACAUAAAGAUUGGAGCAAAGAAAAAUUGACCAUGAACUCUCACUGGAACAUAGUACCUUUUGGACAGCUGAACUUCGGUAAAGAAGAAAUUUUGGGCAGCUUGCAAAGAGAAAAUUUGAUUGGUCAUGGAGGUGCUGGCCAUGUAUACAGGGCAAUGCUAAAAAAUAAUGAGUUUGUAGCAGUUAAGAUGUUGCAUAGGAGAGAUGGUGAUUUCUGUCAAGAUAAUGGAUUCACAGCCGAGAUAGAAACAAUGGGCUCAGUUAGGCAACGCAACAUUUUAAGAUUGCUGUGUUAUUUAUCAAACAAUGAAACCAAUUUACUGGUUUAUGAAUACAUGCCAAAUGGAAGCUUAGGUGAAUUGCUGCAACAGAGUAAAGCUUGUAUGCUCGAUUAUGCAAUUCGAUUCAAGAUUGCACUAGGUACUGCUCAAGGCUUGUCUUACUUGCAUCAUGACUGUGUACCACCCAUUGUGCACAGAGAUAUAAAGCCAAACAAUAUCCUGCUAGAUGAUGAGAUGGUACCACACAUAGCUGAUUUUGGAAUUGCAAAGAUCCUUGACAAAAUAAUGCCAGCAGGAUACACAGUUUCAAGUGUUCCAGGCUCUAUUGGAUACAUUGCCCCUGAAUAUGGGUAUGCUAAUAGAGUGACUGAAAAGAGUGAUGUCUAUAGCUUUGGCAUUGUGCUGUUAGAGCUUUUGACUGGAAAGCAGCCAGUUGCAACAGAGUUUGGAGAAGGAAUGGACAUUGUAAGAUGGGUAGCUGCAAAACUCAGAGCAGGAAAGGGUUUACAACAAAUUCUGGACACCCGGAUACAGUGGGGCUCAGAGCAACACAUGCUGUUUCUAGUGAGAAUAGCCUUGCUAUGCACCAAUAAUUUUCCACACAAUCGCCCCUCCAUGAAAGAAGUAGUAAAAAUGCUUUUGGAGGCUCGAACUGACAAAAAAUUGGAAAACCUUUCAAGCCAUUAACACCUGAUGCAAUGAAUGUUUAGUAUAUGUGAAAUAUCUUUCAGAAUGAAUGGGUUUCUUUCUAUGCUGUUUAAAGUACUUUGUAAUAGUUCCUGAUAUGGAAAAGCUGAUUAUAUAGUGUGGAAAUUACGUAUACGGCCAAUCUAGAUCACAGAAAGACUGCUGAACGAUAUAUAAUCUUUGUGGUAUAGGACUGAGACUCUCUCUGUAUUAAUGGACUAAAUGGAAGAAUAUGAUGGAAGCCUCAAUUAUU